UCAGCACCGUCACAACCGGUGCCAGAACCGUUUACGUACACUUCCAAAUUAAGUUGUCCGAAGAGAACCACGGUCGUGUAUUUCUCUCUAUUAUUAUUAAAAUAAUAGUACAAUUUUUUAUAUUCAUUUAUUCAUUAAAAUUAUUUUGAAAAAAAAGAAAAACAGUGCCAAUUUUUAUUGUCUUUUGUGCCUCGAUACACAAAAAAAAUUUGCAGUGCUUUUUUUAAAAAAAAAAAAAUAAUGUACUUUCGGGUGUGUUACGUAUGGAAAUAGUGGUAAUAGUCGGGAAAACUCCUAGUGUUUUAUAGGAAAGUAACGAAAAAAAAGUGAAGUGAUAACCAGACACAUAUAUGACGAUUUAGAUAAUAAUAAUUCACUUUUAAAAGUUUUUGCAAUUGAUAUUUAUCACUUGCCCAAAGUGUGGUGAUUAUUUUCUCCAUAAGUUUCAAGGAAAUUUUUUAUUAAGGCAAAGAGACGCGAGUCUCAAACACGGCAGCACAAUUGAUCUUGAUUUGCAUCAACGGGCCGCCGGCCACUUCAUGAGAGCCGGCGGCAAUAUGUGCGACGGUGCCUUCUCGGAGACACUUCGUGGCAUGCAGGGAAUGUCGGGAGCCUCACCCCCAGGAAGUGCGGGUGUUGGACCAAUGGGGGUUGGACUAGGCAGCCCAUUGGGGGCGGCUAAGAAAAUGCAGGUGGACCAUAUAAAAAGACCGAUGAACGCUUUUAUGGUAUGGUCGCGACUUCAACGUAGAAAGAUCGCCCACGAGAAUCCAAAGAUGCACAACAGCGAGAUUUCAAAGAGACUCGGCGCUGAAUGGAAACUGUUAUCCGAAGAUGACAAGCGACCUUUUAUCGACGAGGCAAAGAGGUUACGAGCCAUGCACAUGAAGGAGCAUCCGGAUUACAAGUAUCGACCCAGAAGAAAGCCAAAGACUCUUAGGAAAGAAGGCUACCCCUACAGCAUCCCUUAUCCCAGUGUGCCAAUGGAUGCACUCAGAGCCGGCAUGGCUGGAGGAAUGGGUCAACCAGGAAUGAGUUCGUAUUAUGGACCAGCAGCGUAUGGUUCUCUUUCGGCAGCAAGUAUGGCAGCCGCUGCUGCUGCAGCAGCACAACAAUCUGCUGCAGCAAUGUCAGGAUUGGGAGCACCUUCUCAGGUCGUGAGCUCCAUGGACGCAAUGAAGUACUCAAUGGAGGCGGACAAGUACCGAGCCUAUAUGCCACCAAGUACACUUGCCAUGAGUAUGUACUCGGAUCCAAAAUAUUUAGACUCGAGUCCCAAGUCAUAUCUUGAUAGAAGUUAUUUGGAUUCGGCGAAGGCAUACUUUGAACAAUCAAAAUUAUAUAUGGAUCAAAAGCCAAGUAUUUCGGAAUAUAAUCGUCCAAGCUAUGAACCGAACAAACUUUAUGAGGAAUCAAGUCCUGGCGGUGGUGGAGGUGGUUCAAUGAGUAGAUCACCAACUGCCGAUUCACCUGAUAAUAAUAAACAACAAACAGAUGGAAGAACGGAUCAGGGCUCUUCAAGUGCAAGUUCAACGUCAAAUUCAUCAGCGGCAAGUCCUGGUGCUAAUAGUUUACCAGCAUAUUAUCCUGGUCCUGUUCAAGCUGGUGGACUUUUGGCACCACAAAUGGGACAAUAUUCUGGCUAUCAAACAUCACCAGCGGCUCCUGGAAAUGAAUUCCGUCGACCAUUAACCGUCAUCUUCUGACCCGAUAGAGUUUAGCUUUGAUCUCUUUUUGCCGAACAUCAUCAAUCGGUGUACCAAUUUUAAAUGUGUACGCCUAUAUAUAUAUAGCCAAUUUUCGGGCUUCCGCUUUUUUGGUCUUGAAUAUUUUUCUUUUUUAUCUUUUUUCUUUUAAAUAAUAUAUAAAUAGUUUGUUUUUUUUUUAGUUAUCAUAUAUACAAAUAUUUAUAUAUUUAUAUUGGUUCAAGUUUUCAAAUUUCUUUAUGCAUUGAAAUAAUUAAAAUAAUUUUUAUCUCUCAAUAUCGGUGGAACUUUUUAUUAUUGCAAUGAGAAAAAGAAAAUUUACUUGAGUCAAAUAAUCUAUUACUUGGCUAUUAUCAAAUAAAUUAUUUUUACUAAAUAUAAUUUUUAUUUGAAUCAUAUAAAUAUUUUUUUCACUGUAUAUAAUUGAAUACAGUGAAAAAAUAGAAAAUCUAAGUGAAUAUUCAUUACUUUGGUUUACAAUUAAAUAUUAAAGAAGUAUAAAAUAUUCAUCUAAUUUUCACCCACAAGACCAGGUGUUCAAUAAAAAUUUUUUCUACUAAUACUACUACACAGGAGGUUAUAUAUUUUUCAAGCUGAUGUAAGUUGUCAAUUUAUUUCAAUAUAAACUAGAGAAAUAUUUUUUUACUCAAAGCAUAUAAAAUUUUUAUUUAAAACAAAUAUGCCUUAUCUCUGAUUGUACAUUUUUCAGAUAUUUUGAAUUAAUUACAAAUUAUUUGAAAUAUUUUACUAUAAAUAAAAAAUUUAUUAUACUAUAAUAAUAUUUUAAUAAAAAAAGUAUAAUAUUAUAGCAGAUAUAUGGCAAAAAAUUGAUUUGAGUCAAUUAAAUGCUAUAUUUAUUUCACAUUUGUUAAGUAAUCGAUUUAUUUGAAUUAAAUAAAAAUUGUUUUUCAAUCGAUAAUUUUAUUCGUUACAUAUUAUAUUCGUUUCAAUAUUAAUUGCAAAGAAUUAAUAAUAUUCAAUAUAAGCAUCAAUUAUUCUAUCUGAAUAAUAACGUUUAGAAAGGAUUGCCAUAUUAUGAAACGAAAGUUUCAUCCUUGGAUGUCUUUUGAAUGCUUUUAAAACAAAAUGAUUGUUUUUAAGUGCUUCAUAUACAAGUUGAUAUAAACAUCUAUUUUGUUAUUGACGUUAUAAAAUUUAAUUAAAAAUUUAUACUUUCUGAAUUAUAUAAACGUAACUUUCUUAAAGAAUACACGUGAGCCAUUAUUAAUUUUAUUAUUUCUCUUAAUUGAAUCUUUUCAAAAGUACACUAUUAUUAAAAUAGGUUUUUGCUAAAAAUUCAUAUUUUUUGUUUAGUUUUUUGUUUAAUUUUUCUGAAUUAAGUUUGAAAAGUUCUAAAUAAGUUUUAAAAAAACGUUAUCUAAAUAAAAAACUGUAGAUAAAAAUUUCCCCUAAUAAAAGACGAUGAUAAAUAGUUAAAAUUAUAAAAAUAUUCCAACUUGAUUAUUAAAAUAAAUUCAAUAUAUUUUAUUUUUUUAAAUACCAAUAUUAAUAAGAAAUAUUUAAGUAUAUUUGAUUUUUUUAAACCCUAUUUAUACAAUGAAAAAAAAAAAUUUAUUUGAUUCAAAUAAUUAGUUACUUGAAUAUUAUCAAAUAAUUAUUAUUUGAGUCAAUUAUAUGGUAUAUUUGUUUCAAAUACAAAAAUUAUUGGUUCAAAUACAAUUUAUUUAAAUUAAAUAAAAAUUAUUUAGUUCAAGUAAAUAUUUAUUUGAUAAAUAGUCAAAUAUGUAAACGAUUAUUUGAAUCAAAUAAAUAUUGUUUUUUCAGUUUAAUUGUAUUAGCGAAGAAAAAUUUUAAAGUGGAAACAAUGAAAAAGAAAAAAGAAAUUUUCGCAACGAAAAUAAUUUGUGAUAAUAUUCGAAACAAUUUUUUUAUUAUUAAAAAAGAAAUUUUUUUAUAACAUUCAAGACCACAGCGAUUCUAAAGCCUUUUUGAGACUUAUGAAUUUUAUUUCCUCAGGAUGGGGGGAAAUUGGUAAAAGUCCAUGAUCUGUGUUAAAAGUAUUAUAUAUAAAAAAAAAUGUACAUAGUUCUUAUGUAAAUAGUAUCAAUCUCGUGUUCCGUAUUUCAAAGGAUAUGUAAAAAUAAAGUUGCAUCCCUUGAUUAAAAGCUCGAGUUAAUGCUACUGAGACCACAGAUAAUGAUUAUAUCUUUUCUCACAAAAAAAAUACAAUUUUUGUUAAAUUAAAAUAACAAAGCAAAUUAAAAAAUUAUUAUUAUUUUUUAGAUUGUUCUUAGAAAAUAUUUUUCGUUUAAAAUUAUUGCUGUUAAACUUUUGUUGUUUUAAAGAAAUAAAAACAAUUUAUGCUUAAAAAAAAUUUUUUGUAUGCAAAAAUUGAUAGCGAAGCUGUUAUGUUUAUAGAAAUUGAAAAAGUGAUAUUUAGUAUUAUGUAACAUAACAGUGUUUUUUUUUUUUUUUAUUUUUUUAUUUAUUCAAUUUGAUUAUAGAAAAGAAUCCUUUUCUGUGGUAUAAGUUGUCACAUCGUUGUAAAUAGAUCAUAAUUAAUUAUUUCUUACAAUUAGUUUCUUUAUUAAAAGUGCGUCCUAUGAAGGAAAGGACGAAAAUUUCGUACUCGGCCUGGUACUUUUCAUCUUUCUCAUCGCGGCCUGUAGUUGUGUGCCACGCCAAAGAGUGCAAUAGAGUUUACAAUUUUUGUCGAAUAAAGAUAAAAAAAAAAGAAAAUUAAAAAAAAAAAACAAAAGAACACGGUAUAUAGUGUCUGUGAACGCAAUGUACAAUCCCACGACAGUUUGCUUUCGUAUAAAUAACGUGUGUACUAGCUGCUGUGGAAUUUCCCAAAGUACUUUGUCGAUUUUUAAAGAGAAUCUUAAAAAAGAGAAGAAAUCGAAAAUAAUAAACAUUUUUUUAUUAUUA